AUGGCGUCGGAUCUCGAAGGAUCGGAUCCGGUCCCGCCGCCGACAGAGUAUGGCAAGAAGUCGUGGAAUCUGGAGGAGAGCAUCCAGCGGAUCAAAGAGCGAAUAAGCAAUCUGAUGAUAUCGGAGAGCGACGACGAGGGACUGCUAAGACUGAGUUUUGAUGGUAAUGAUCGGCAGCGGCAGGUGAGAAUGAGAAUUCGAAGCAUGUAUGAGACGUUUGGCAAAGGGGGAAACCGAUAAGAAGCGGUGGGGCUGCGACUCGCGGAAUCCGCAUUCCUCAUUCCUCAUUCCGCAAAAUCAUUGUUCACUUUCAACUCAUCUUGCGCGCCGGAACAUACAGAUUUUUGUAGUUGAAACCAUAAAAGUUGAUUUCUGUUCCGUAUUUGCAUUCCACAAACGUUCAUUUUCACAUUUUCCAGAGGUCGCCGUCCUCUCCUCGCCCAUUCGCUCUUUCUCGCACUCUUUCGGACCCAUCGUGGAUAAUACCGUUCCCGGAGGACGGAAACGUGAGCCAUGCUUCUAGCUGUCUAUCUUCUUCUUCUUCUUCUUCUUCUUCAUCUCUCUUUCCUUUUCCCCCUUGUCCCGCGCAUCGUCUCCCGAUUCCAGUUCAUCUGUCACAAGUGCCACAGAGACCAACACAGUGGGUUCCAACUCUGCGAGCACCUGAUCAUCUUCCACAGUCCGAGCAAAAAACGCAUCUGGAGGUGUUCCUUCUGUGCCACGCAGUUUGGACGGCGUGGCGGACUACGGAGGCACGUUCAGAUGGUGCAUAUGAAGGUGCUACACCAGUGCACGUUUCCCGGUUGCAAUCAUCCCGGAUACAAGUGCACUAAGGUACGAGCCGGAGGGGACCAAAUGAAUAAUAGUUGUUUUUUUUCAGGCUUUGAGUGCUCACAUCAAGUCUCAUCACAGCAAGUUUUUGUGUGAUAAGUGCAACGAAAAAUUUCUUAUUAAAAACGAAUUGCUCACGCAUACCCGAACUCAUCACCCGAACUAG